GCCGUCUCUCGGCAGCAGCAGCGAACAUGGCGGUCGUCAGUAAAUACUUGACGGCGAAGAACUGUUCACUAGCCGGCGGUGCUCUGCUCGUUCUGUACCUGCUGAACCAGAGACGGAAGUCCUCCAGAUUAAACGGCAAGAAGGGAUCGUCAGAGCUCUUGAAUAACGAAAAAGAUGCUAAAAAGGACCGAGCUGUCGUGGACAAAGCUUUUUGUGGCAGAAUCUGUCGAAUACUUAAGAUCAUGGUCCCAAGGUUUUUCUGUAAAGAGACGUGGUACCUGCUCCUGAUCGCAGCGAUGCUGGUGACCCGCACAUACUGUGACGUUUGGAUGAUCCAGAACGGCACGAUGAUCGAAAGUGCAAUUAUUGGUCGCUCUACAAAAGAUUUCAAGAAGUAUUUGUUCAACUUUAUGAAGGUCAUGCCAGUUAUUGCCCUAGUGAACAACUUCUUGAAGUUAGGACUGAACGAGCUGAAACUUCGCUUCAGAGAACGACUCACUAAACAUCUGUAUGAUGAGUACCUGAAGGGGUACACCUACUACAAGAUGGGGAACCUGGAUAACCGAAUCGCCAACGCCGAUCAGCUCCUGACUCAGGACGUGGAAAAGUUCUGCAACAGCGUUGUGGACCUGUACUCCAAUCUUAGCAAACCUCUUCUAGAUAUCGGUCUCUACAUCUUCAAGCUAACAACAGCCAUUGGAGCACAGGGUCCCGCUACUAUGAUGACCUACCUGCUGAUCUCAGGCCUCUUUUUGACGAGGUUGAGAAGACCCAUCGGAAAGAUGACCAUCGUCGAACAGAAGUAUGAGGGCGAGUACCGAUACGUCAACUCCCGACUCAUCACCAACAGUGAGGAAAUCGCCUUCUACAACGGAAAUACGAGGGAGAAGCUGACAAUCCACUCUACCUUCAAGAAGCUGGUUGACCACUUGCACAACUUCAUCUUUUUCCGCUUCUCCAUGGGUAUGAUAGACAGCAUCAUUGCUAAGUAUCUGGCCACAGUGGUCGGAUAUCUGGUUGUCAGUCGACCCUUCUUGAACCUGAAGCACCCGCGCCACCUGCACAGCACACACGCUGAACUUCUGGAGGAUUACUACCAGAGCGGCCGCAUGCUGUUGCGCAUGUCACAAGCCCUGGGCAGGAUCGUGCUCGCUGGGCGAGAAAUGACGAGGCUUGCUGGGUUUACCACUCGUAUCACAGAACUCAUGAAGGUCUUGAAGGAACUAAACUCUGGGAAGUAUGAGCGCACCAUGGUCUCUCACUCGGAGAAAGACGCCGAUGCCUUAGGAAAACUAACCUUGGUGCCUGGAAGUGGAAAAAUCAUCAUCAUGGAUAAAAUCAUCAAGUUUGAACACACACCCUUGGCAACACCUAAUGGAGAUGUCCUGAUUAAGGAUCUGAAUUUUGAGGUCAGAUCUGGCACCAACGUUUUGGUGUGUGGGCCCAACGGCUGUGGGAAAAGCUCACUCUUCAGAGUGCUUGGAGAGCUGUGGCCUCUGUUUGGUGGAAGCUUGACCAAACCUGAGAGAGGAAAGCUCUUCUAUGUCCCUCAGAGGCCAUAUAUGACGCUUGGAUCGCUGAGGGAUCAGGUGAUCUACCCUGACACCUAUGAGGACCAAAAGAAGAAGGGGAUUUCAGAUCAGGUGCUGAAGGGAUACCUAGACAAUGUACAGCUGGGCCACAUUCUUGGCAGAGAAGGGUCUUGGGACACUGUUCAGGACUGGAUGGAUGUUCUCAGUGGCGGAGAGAAGCAGAGGAUGGCGAUGGCUCGACUGUUUUACCACAAGCCCCAGUUUGCCAUUCUAGAUGAGUGCACCAGCGCUGUGAGUGUGGAUGUGGAGGAUUAUAUCUACAGCCACUGCAGGAAGGUUGGCAUCACUCUGUUUACAGUCUCUCACAGAAAGUCCCUCUGGAAACACCAUGAGUACUACCUGCACAUGGAUGGAAGAGGGAACUACGAAUUUAAGCCCAUCACCGCCGACACGGUCGAGUUCGGCUCCUAGAAGAGCGGACGCCAGCUCCUCACGCGGCUUCAAGACUCGCACGUAGCUUCAGCUCGGAGGCGUAGUGAUAUUGCAAUUAAUGAAUGCAGUUAAAGAGUGGCCAGAUGGAUUCGUUUUUAAUCAUUCGUAACAGUUCCUAGUUUUUGACACUAAUGUUCCGUGAUUGUGUAAUUUGUGAUUAAAAACGCGGUCCGAUUUACUGGACAGCCGCUAAUAAGAAUAGUGAACGGGCUAAUCACGAUAAAAUGUUCACCCCGUGUGUGAACUAAAUCAUGUUUUUAUGAUCAGUGUAAAUGACAUUAGCCUGUGCUUUGGGGAUGAGAGAUGUACUAAUAACCUGAUUAUGACCCCAGGUACACUAUUCGUUUUGAAAAUAUCAAGCUACUAAGUGGCCUUAGUACUUACCGUAGUGAUCAAUGAUGGGUCAGUUAUGUGGCCCUGCUGAAUAGAAUAAUGGACCUAUAAUAUAAGUGGGAUACCUUCUAAGGUAAAUAGAUUGCACUGAUUUGCAAGCCAGAAAGCUUUGUACAACAUACCGUCUGUAACCGGCAAAUAUUUGCCAGUAUGCAUCAUUUAGUUCGAUGUAAAGCAUAAUAUUUCUUUGUGGUAAUGUUUAAUAACUGAGAAGAUCUGUAGAAAACAGAAGUCUUUUUGUAACCUAUUAACACACUUUACAAGACGUCCAUAGACCUGCAAUGAACUAAUCCAUGCGUUUUCAUUAAAAUAUUGCAGACAGUC